CUCCCUCUCUCUCCCACUCACUCUCUCUCUCCUCAUCUCUGAUUAGAUAUACUGAUUCCUCAUUCAAUGGACGUCAUUUAGUGCAGUCUGCCUUGAGUUGCUUCCUCGCUUCACGCUCGAUUUCCGACCAUUCUUCUCUUAUUAAGUAUUCGUGUAAUAUUAAUAGUCAUGAAUAUCUACUAUUAGGAGUGCAGGGGAAGAGGCAGAUCUGUGCUAACAUGAGCUCAAGCGAGGGAACAGCUCACUGACAGAGCCGGGAGACGCCAAGGGGAUCUAAGAAACUUUAGAGAAAAAUCAUUGCAUCUAAAGAGCAGAUGAAGAACAUUGGGAAUUUACCCAGAUUGUGAUGGAUUAUUGCUUUAUUUGAACGCUGGCCACCGCCACCUCGCCCUACAAUUAUUAUUGGCUUGAUUUAAUUUGCACGUUCGUUUUCGUUUUGUCCCUCUGAAAUUCUUGCCUUUUGAAGUCCUCGGGAAUCUUCGCAGAUGUUAGUGCACAGUUUUUCCGCGAUGGUGAGUGACUGUCGGGAGUAAAGAUCUGAAGACUGCGCUCAACAUUUACUCUCCGAUUGUUUUUUUGUUUUUGUUUUUGUUUUUUUUUGUUUUUUAUCCUGUCGUUUUGUCUGUUCCAUCAUGCAAGCUGUUCUUGGUAGCAUCAAAUGCUAUUACAAAGACUUUAUACUUGAUGAUCGCCAUGACGGGACCAGCAAUGGCACAGCCCGGUUACCCCAGCUGGGAAGCGUGGGCCAGUCUCCGUACACCAGCGCUCCUCCGCUCUCUCACACGCCCAACUCAGACUUCCAGCCGCCAUACUUUCCGCCACCCUACCAGCCCAUCUACCCGCAGUCUCAGGACCCUUACUCUCACGUUAACGACCCAUACUCCAUCAACUCUCUACACGCCCAGCCGCAGCCACAGCACCCGGGCUGGCCUGGCCAGCGGCAGAGUCAAGAGAGCAGCCUGCUGCACCAGCACCGCGGGUUACCGCAUCAGCUGUGCCGAGAGUACCGCAGAGAAGUGCUACUUCCCUCGGGUCACGGCAUUGAGACUGGACUCACGGAUUCAAUCCCUAUCCAUGGAAUACCUCACUCUUUAGAAGAUGUUCAGCAUGUUGAGGAUCAAGGAAUUCACAUCCCAGACCAAACUGUAAUCAAGAAAGGUCCUGUUUCCAUAUCCAAGAACAACAGCAAUGUCUCUGCCAUACCGAUAAAUAAAGACGGGCUUUUCGGAGGUGUGGUAAACCCAAACGAAGUGUUCUGUUCGGUUCCGGGUCGUCUGUCUCUUCUCAGCUCAACGUCAAAGUACAAAGUCACAGUAGCGGAGGUGCAGAGACGCCUUUCUCCGCCUGAGUGCCUGAACGCUUCCCUGCUCGGCGGGGUCUUAAGGAGGGCCAAAUCUAAGAAUGGCGGAAGAUCUUUAAGAGAAAAACUAGAUAAAAUCGGAUUAAAUCUACCAGCAGGGAGACGCAAAGCUGCCAACGUUACCCUUCUGACGUCACUGGUGGAAGGUGAAGCUGUGCAUCUAGCCAGAGAUUUCGGUUAUGUAUGCGAGACUGAGUUUCCAGCCAAGGCGGUAGCUGAAUACGUGAACCGACAGCAUUCAGACCCAAAUGAACAAGUCCAAAGAAAAAACAUGUUAUUGGCAACGAAACAAAUCUGCAAAGAGUUCACGGACCUGCUCUCUCAAGACCGCUCGCCCUUGGGGAAUUCACGUCCACAGCCCAUUCUCGAGCCCGGGAUUCAGAGCUGUUUGACCCACUUCAGUCUUAUUUCUCACGGAUUCGGGACUCCCGCCAUGUGCGCGGCCCUCACGGCGCUGCAGAACUAUCUGACGGAGGCCAUUAAAGCCAUGGACAAAAUGUACCUGAACAACAAUCCCAACAGUCACAAUGAGACGGGGUCGAAAGCGGGUGACAAAGACGAGAAGCACAGAAAGUGAUGUCCAACCACCUCAUCCCAAUUGAUAUAUGACAAAAUACAUAACAAACACACUAGUGAUCAAGAUGAAACAUUGAAAGCACCACCUCCCGAUCUUGACAUUUUGAAAUAUUUUUGAUUUUUUUUAAUUAUUAAAAAAAAAAAAAAAAAAAAAAAAACACAGUUCACUUUGGGAUUCGCGGACAAGGCAUUUCUCUGAAUCAAAAUAAAGCAGUGUGCCAAUGAGAGGAGUACUGAUCUGCCACAGCAGGACUUUUCAUAAACUCCCUUUGUAUGAGUUCAACGGACUGAAAUUCAGCGAUUUCCCUUCAGUAUCCCCAUUUACGAUUGUAGCCAUGUGACAACAAGAAGCUGAAAGAGGAAGAUUUUCUAUCAGUAUUGUGAAUAAUAAACUUGAAAAAAAAAAAAAAAAAAUCUACAGCUCCAUGCCAUGACUUCAAGAACUGACUUUUCACUCGACCAAGCGACCAACUUGAACUUUGAAUUUUAACACGAUUCACGGUUAUAUGAGGGAAUCUGUGUUCAUGUAUGUAUAUAUUUAUUUAUGUGUAAUUUAAUGGGAAUUGUAAAUAUGGUACGUCUGUUCAAACUUCUUUUUUUAUUUAUCUGGUGCCUCCUGUUUUAGUGGGUUUAAAUAUUCGCUUAGUUCUUCAUGUGGUUUUAUGGUUCUUAGAAAACAGAAGUUUGGGGUAUUCUUCUCUGGGAUAUUUCAAUUCAGCCCUCUUGUAGCAUGUUGAGGCGACACUGAAGCAAGUGAACAAAUUGAAAAGAAAUAAACAUCCAUUUCUCUAUAUAUUAUCCUUAUGCCGUUCAGUUUUAGAUCGAAAAAGGUCAUUGCGGAGACCCCGAUGCUAGUUUUGUGUUUCUAUCUUCUUGUUUUUAUACGAGCUUUUUAUGUGUUGUGCCAAUCACCUCUUGUUCUUCCCUCAAAGCACCACAAGAGCAAUAAAUGGAUAUUGUCUUAUGAAUUCUUCUUUUUUUUUUUUUUUUUCGAAUAAAUUCAACAUUUGGGACCAUCUGAUAUCUUGUGUGUCCACUGUCUAAAUUGGAGGCGGUUUUAUCUGUAUUGUAUAAACCUGUGCUGGCAAUAGCUCCCAUGCCUGUCAAUGUAUUAUAGUUCUUUGUUGCCCAGAAAAAAAAUAAAUAUUUGAUACGCUUCA